CCAUUCUUAUAUGUAUGGCGCUACAAUCGAACGCGAAUUACGUUGAUCGAAGAUGGCGUUAUUCCUGUAUGAUAACAUGUUAGUUGUGGAACACAUAUGAUAUGACGUAAUUCUCGAUUGGUGGUAGUGCAUUGGAUAUUUUCAAAUGAUAAACCGCCUUUCUCGUAACCUAUAAAGCUGUUAAAUUUUGAACAGAAAUUUAGGUUAUUCAUUUUGUGUUAGAUCUUUAAAAAUUAUGACAGAAACUCAACAAAAAACAAAGUGUAUUACGUUGAAAGGUUCAGCAGAGUUGGUUAAAGAAUAUCUUCUUUAUGGAGUAAACAGUAUUUUAUACCAAAGAGGUAUUUAUCCGCCAGAAACAUUUGAACAUGCUGAACAUUUUGGUUUAUUCGUUUUAAUGUCGACGGACGAAAAGAUCAAAGGAUUCUUAAAUACUGUUCUUGGUCAGAUUCAAGAAUGGCUUAUUCAACGAAAAGUACAAAAGAUAACACUUGUUAUAACAAAUGUAAAUACCAAAGAAGUUUUAGAGAAAUGGGAUUUCAAAGUGGAUUACGAAGGUCAGACUUCUAAUAGUACUAAUGACAAUACAAACAAUAGCUUUCCGGAAGUGGGUACAAAGGAUGUAAAAACUAUACAAAAGGAGAUUCGUGAAGUUAUACGUCAGAUCACAGGUACUGUAAGUUUUCUUCCAUUAUUAGAUUGUUUAUGCUCAUUUGAUAUUUUGACUUAUACGGUACCUGACUGUGGUAUUCCUAAAGAAUGGGAUGAAACGCAACCAGUAUUUAUUGCGAACAGUCAAGAAGUACAGUUAAGAUCAUUUUCAACUUCUCUCCAUAAGAUGGAUACCAUAGUUAGCUAUAAGAAUGUUUAGGUAUUAUAUAUUUUUUCUCGAUAAUUGAAAUGUACAUAUGAAGCAUAUGUUCAUUUUAUCUUUUUAGCUAUAACUAAUAUUAAGAUUGUUAUUUAAAUUUCUUAUUUUAUACAAAUAAUUAUAACUUAUAAGCAAUCAUGUUCUUCUUAAGGAUUUGAAUAUUUGUUCGAACAUGCAUAUGUAUUAAUAUUAUCUAUGAAGAGUUUUUUAUAUGAAUAUAUAUUUUGAUAUAAUUGUGAUAA